UAGGAGUAACCAAUAGAGUAAGAUCAAGUUAUUGAUUCAAUGGCGGACAUAGCACUAUUAGUGGCGGAGGAAUACGAACGUAGGGUGAAGCCAACGGCGGAGAAUCCGUCGUACUCGGCGGAGGUUGGAUGGUGGAAUGAUUUUCCGGCGAAAAUGGUGAUGUCUGGGACUGAGGAGAAGAAGAAGAUUGAGAGUUUGAAGAGGAAAUUUGAAACUAAAUCUCAGUUUGCUCUUGCUGUCUCCAAUGGCUUCUUCUCUGCUUAACUAUUCAUCUUCACAAAUUUUCUUCUCUUUUUUUGUUUUUUUUGUUUUCCUUUAUCACAAUUUUUUUUUUUUUGGCGAUAUAUGUAUAAGAUUAG